AUGAUUCAACAUCCUGGAAUCAAGAAUGAAACAGCAAUUAUUUUGAAAGGACUUCAGGGAACAGGUAAAAACAGAUUUACUGACAUUAUUUCUGAACUUCUCGCUGGUUAUUCAUGCAAAAACAUUACCGAAAUAAGUGAGCUAACGGGUAAUUUCAACUCAGUUGUUGAAAAUAAAAUGUUUCUUGUACUUAAUGAACUCAAGAAUGUUGGUGAAGACAGACUCGCAAACUUCAACGCUUUGAAAUCAAUUAUUACGGAUAAUGAGAUUAGAAUUAAUGAAAAGAAUCAACCCAGAAGAACAGCACAGAACGUUGCAAACUUCAUUUUCGUAACUAAUAACGUCUACCCUGUCAAAAUUGAAGUUGGAGACAGAAGAUACGUAGUUUUAAGGGUUAAUGGUAAAUUCAAGGGUCAAUUUGAUUACUUCAAGAAUUUGAUGGAUUCAUGCACAAAGGAAUUUUAUGAUAAUUUACUGACGUAUUUUAUCAAUUACGACCUUUCAUCAUUUAAUGUACGAAUCAUACCGAUGACUGAAGCCAAACAAGAUUUAAUAGAAUUAUCAUCAAAUCCUUUAGAUGUAUGGAUAAAUACACAUUAUGAUGAAUUGUGUGCGGGUAUGACGUGUAAAAAUGCUCUAUUCUGCAAACCAUCAGACAUGAAAGACAAAAACUUUCAAAUGAGCAUUAAGGAUAAAUGUGAUAGGAAACAUAGAAGAAUAGACGGUAAACAAACAUGGUGUUAUGUUUUGAAAGAAGAAAUGAAAGGAUUAUAUAAACAGGUUGAACCAAACGAUAAUGAGGAUUCAUUUACUGACGAUGAAAUACCUGUAAAUGAGCCGCUAAGCGGCGAGACCUGA